AUCAGGGCUGCGCUACAAACUAUCAGUCAAGCGUCUACUGAAUCGCUCGUACCACACAUCUGGGAGCUAUGUGAAGCCAAUGCUGCUAUUGCAAAGGCUAUCUCAUCUCUUAGUCGAGAUUUUUGCGAAGAAAUUGGGCAACUCGAAACUCCAACUAGGGACUUAGCAACGCCAGAAGAUACUGACCUUGCAAGUUCUCAGGCUCAACCUCCAACCAUCUUGAGAGACAAUACAUGGCACGAUGUAUCCCAGGGAACGCUGCAGCAGUACAAGUCUCGACGUGCCCGACCAGAAAAUGCAAUUGUGAGGCUUGCACAGUACUGGAUUCAGAGGAGACUAGCAGGAACCAAUACACUCAAUGUU